AUGAUACUUAUAAAAAGGAAUAAAUUAUUUACCUUAACACUUUUAUUGGUAAUAUAUGCAAAUAAUGCAGUCCUUUCAGAUGUCAAUGAUAAAAAUAAUAACAUAACUACCACUCCUCCAAGCCAAGAAAAUAAUGAGGAAGAUGUUAUAGAGGAAAUCGAAAUUGACGAUAUUAAUAUAGGAGAUUAUAUUAACAUGGAAUAUGAAGAUGACGAGAUAAAUAAUAUUAAAGAGACACAUUUUAUAAGAAAAGAAAAUUAUAAUAAUCCAACAAAAAAUAAUGUUUCACCACCACAAAAUAAUCCAGUUGAGGAUUUAAAAGAACAACCAAAUUCGGUUAACACUCCAAAAAUUGAUGCAUUUAAAUUUGUAAAUCAUGAAAAAAAAAACACUAAAAAGUUUGAAGAAAAUAUGGAAAAUAAUAAAAAGAAUAUAUAUAACAAAGAUCAUUCUUUUCUAGGAAAAUUCAUUCGUAUAAUUCCAAACAUUGAAGAUUUUGCUAAACCAAAUGACUCAGAUUUUGAUCAAUCAGAAUAUAUAGUUGGUAAUACCCCUGAUGUUAAUAAAUCCGUAUCAGGAGAAGGUGAUGCUAAUCAAGAAAAAGGUGAAAAUGGAAAUUCGGAUGGAGGAAUAUCAUCACAAAUAAGUAACGAUGCUAGUACACAAAAUGGCAAAUCAAAUACUAAUGGUGAUGUAAAAAAUAAAGAUGGUACUUCGGCUAAUGCUGCCCCAACUGAUCCAGCUUUAAAAAGUGAUGAAACCGCAACCCCUGCUAUUGAAAAUAAUCCAGAAAAAAAAAGUGGAAAUGGAGAAGAUGUAGAUCAUGCGGAAAUAAUGCGUAUAACAAUGUUAGAAGAAAAUAGAAAUCUUAAAGAAACAACUAGAAUCAUAGAUGAGACAGUAUACAGUUUUGAAAGGUUUUUUUUAAAAUGUAAAUUUUAUAUAACUGCUAUUACAAAUUUUGUAAAAUUUAAAACUAAUCAUAUAUGUGAAUAUUCAAAGUGUGGUGAUCAUGCACGAUGUUAUAUUGUUGAGAAGGAUAAACAAGAAUGCCGAUGUCUAGCUAACUAUGUACGAGAUACUACUGUAGAAUAUUUUAAAUGUAUUCCUAUGACUACUAAAGAUUGUGCAAAUAAUAAUGGAAAUUGUGAUAAAAAUGCUGAAUGCUCAAUUAAAAAUAGUAAUAUUAUAUGCCAUUGUUCAUACAACUAUUUUGGAGAUGGCAUUUUUUGUGUUCCAAAUUCCAAUUAUAAUAAUUUUUUACAUAUAUCCCUUAUUAUAAUUGGUUGCAUUCUUCAAAAAUUUCUUUUUUAA